CGCUCUGGGCGCCUGCCACAGCUUCCAAACUGCGCCGCUUCCUUCUUCGGCAGAAAAGGACUUUCAGAUGCGGCGGCGGCGGCGGCGGCGGCGGCGACUCAGGACAGCGCCCCCUCCCCCUAACGGCCGCCUCUCCCUCUCCCCCUCGCCCGCCCCGGCUCCCCCACCUCUGGGAAGGCGCUGGGGGUGUGGCCAGGGACCGGUAUAAAGUCCGGGGGAGCCGGUCCCGGGCAGCCGCUCAGCCCCCUGCCCCUCGCCGCCCGCCGCCUGCCUGGGCCGGGCCGAGGAUGCGGCGCAGCGCCUCGGCGGCCAGGCUUGCUCCCCUCCGGCCCGCCUGCUAACUUCCCCCGCUACGUCCCCGUUCGCCCGCCGGGCCGCCCCGUCUCCCCGCGCCCUCCGGGUCGGGUCCUCCAGGAGCGCCAGGCGCUGCCGCCGUGUGCCCUCCGCCGCUCGCCCGCGCGCCCGCGCUCCCCGCCUGCGCCCAGCGCCCCGCGCCCGCGCCCAGUCCUCGCGCGGUCAUGCUGCCCCUCUGCCUCGUGGCCGCCCUGCUGCUGGCCGCCGGGCCCGGGCCGAGCCUGGGCGACGAAGCCAUCCACUGCCCGCCCUGCUCCGAGGAGAAGCUGGCGCGCUGCCGCCCCCCCGUGGGCUGCGAGGAGCUGGUGCGAGAGCCGGGCUGCGGCUGUUGCGCCACUUGCGCCCUGGGCUUGGGGAUGCCUUGCGGGGUGUACACCCCCCGUUGCGGCUCGGGCCUGCGCUGCUACCCGCCCCGAGGGGUGGAGAAGCCCCUGCACACACUGAUGCACGGGCAAGGCUUGUGCAUGGAGCUGGCGGAGAUCGAGGCCAUCCAGGAAAGCCUGCAGCCCUCUGACAAGGAUGAGGGCGACCACCCCAACAACAGCUUCAGCCCCUGUAGCGCCCAUGACCGCAGGUGCCUGCAGAAGCACUUCGCCAAAAUUCGAGACCGGAGCACCAGUGGGGGCAAGAUGAAGGUCAAUGGGGCGCCCCGGGAGGAUGCCCGGCCUGUGCCCCAGGGCUCCUGCCAGAGCGAGCUGCACCGGGCGCUGGAGCGGCUGGCCGCUUCCCAGAGCCGCACCCACGAGGACCUCUACAUCAUCCCCAUCCCCAACUGCGACCGCAACGGCAACUUCCACCCCAAGCAGUGUCACCCAGCUCUGGAUGGGCAGCGUGGCAAGUGCUGGUGUGUGGACCGGAAGACGGGGGUGAAGCUUCCGGGGGGCCUGGAGCCAAAGGGGGAGCUGGACUGCCACCAGCUGGCUGACAGCUUUCGAGAGUGAGGCCUGCCAGCAGGCCAGGGACUCAGUGUCCCCUGCUACUCCCGUGCUCUGGAGGCUGCAGAGCUGACCCAGAGUGGAGUCUGAGUCUGAGUCCUGUCUCUGCCUGCGGCCCAGAAGUUUCCCUCAAAUGCGCGUGUGCACGUGUGCGUGCGUGUGUGUGUGUUUGUGAGCAUGGGUGUGCCCUUGGGGUAAGCCAGAGCCUGGGGUGUUCUCUUUGGUAUUACACAGCCCAAGAGGACUGAGAGUGGCACUUAGCCCAAGAGGUCUGAGCCCUGGUGUGUUUCCAGAUCGAUCCUGGAUUCACUCACUCACUCAUUCCUUCACUCAUCCAGCCACCUAAAAACAUUUACUGACCAUGUACUACGUGCCAGCUCUAGUUUUCAGCCUUGGGAGGUUUUAUUCUGACUUCCUCUGAUUUUGGCAUGUGGAGACACUCCUAUAAGGAGAGCUCAAGCCUGUGGGAGAAGAAAAAUCUCAUUCCCAGAGUCAGAGGAGAAGAGACAUGUACCUUGACGACCGUCCCGCCUCUCAAGCUAGCCAGAGGGUGGGAGCCUAAGGAAGCAUGGGGUAGCAGAUGGAGUAAUGGUCACGAGGUCCAGACCCACUCCCAAAGCUCAGACUUGCCAGGCUCCCUUUCUCUUCUUCCCCAGGUCCUUCCUUUAGGUCUGGUUGUUGCCCCAUCUGCUUGGUUGGCUGGCAGCUGAGAGCCCUGCUGUGGGAGAGCAAAGGGGGUCAAAGGAAGACUUGAAGCACAGAGGGCUAGGGAGGUGGGGUACAUUUCUCUGAGCAGUCAGGGUGGGAAGAAAGAAUGCAAGAGUGGACUGAAUGUGCCUAAUGGAGAAGACCCACGUGCUAGGGGAUGAGGGGCUUCCUGGGUCCCGUUCCCUACCCCAUUUGUGGUCACAGCCAUGAAGUCACCGGGAUGAACCUAUCCUUCCAGUGGCUCGCUCCCUGUAGCUCUGCCUCCCUCUCCAUAUCUCCUUCCCCUACACCUCCCUCCCCACAGCUCCCUACUCCCCUGGGCAUCUUCUGGCUUGACUGGAUGGAAGGAGACUUAGGAACCUACCAGUUGGCCAUGAUGUCUUUUCUUCUUUUUCUUUUUCUUUUUUUUUAACAAAACAGAACAAAACCAAAAAAUGUCCAGA